AUGGCAGUAGUGGAUGCCAAUUUAAAUUGUAUUGCUAUUGAUGUUGGUGCCUAUGGGCGGGAAGCUGAUUCAAGUGUAUUUCGAGAAAGUGCAUUUGGCAAAAAAUUAUACUCAAACUUAUUCCAAAUUCCUGAACCUAGUGCAUUGCCUUCUGAAAAUAAUAUCCAACCGUAUGUUUUUGUUGCGGAUGAAGUAUUUAGUCUUCAUACAAAUAUAUUAAGACCAUUUCCAGGUCGAGGUCUCAACGAAACUCGACAAGUAUUUAAUUACAGACUCUCUAGGGCAAGAAGAACAGUUGAAUGCGCAUUCGGGGUGCUUGCAAAUAAGUGGCGAGUAUUACAUACGCCAAUUUUAGUGGAACCUGCAUUUUGUGACGAUAUUGUUAAGGCGUAUUGCGUUCUUCAUAACUUUGUCAGGAAAAGAGAUAGGUGUAAUUACGAAGAGGCUGAUGAAAACUACAUGAAUUUACAUUUAAGCGAUAUGGAUCACCAAAGUAGAAACGUCAGUUCUCGAGAAAUAGAAAUUAGAGAAAACUAUGCAAACUAUUUCAUAAACGAAGGGGCAGUACCAUUUCAGUACAGAGGAUUUUAA